AUGCUGGCAGUCUACGAAUGCUUGGUCUGCGGCGGCAAGCUGAAAGGCUCGGCCACGUUCAUCGAGCACAUGCGAGAGGAGCACCAGGUGACGUACGAUGCAGAAGAUGCACAACACCUACCGGCUCCCCUGGCGCGAAAAGCUCGACGUGUUAGCGAGCCGGCCAAGACGCAGCUCUCCUGUCCGAUAUGCCAGAAGACAUUCGCCAGACGCUAUGAUUUAGAUCGACAUAUGAAAAGCCAUACAGGCGAGAAGGCGUUUGGGUGCGGGCGUUGCGGGCAGCGCUUCUCGACGUCCUACCACUACAAUGAUCAUCUCAGUCGGCACGGCGAGGAGGACAACGGGGCUCGGGCUUUUGCUUGCACUUUAUGCGCAAAGACAUAUGCCGCUGCCAGCUCGCUCAAAACGCACAUGCGGAAGCACACCGGCGAGCGGCCGCAUAAAUGCAGCCAGUGUGAGGCGGAUUUUAUGACUUCCGGUGACUUGUCGCGGCAUCUGAAGUGGCACGCGGCCGGUUGCCCGAAGAAGCGCACCGUGCUCAAGCUGCCCGAAUUGGCUGCGAGCGCCGCAGAAGGCGAUUCUCGCACACGGGAACAGUUGGCGAUGACGGUGCGCCAGAUUAGCAGCCUCAAGAAACGGCCACUUGAGGUCCACACGUCCAGCGCUUUUUCGGCGCCGCUAGGGGAGGCGGCCACUCGGCAGCAGCCCACGUUGUGCUUGAUGAUCAGCACCUCACCGGAGGGGUAUUUCGUCGAGAUCAGCGCCGCUCACUCGCAGGAUCGGCCACAGGUUGGAUGUUUAGAGUUCAAAGUU